GUCAGCUGCAACUGUCAGAUGAGCUCGGUCGUCGUCGGUUCUCCAGGAGCCCGAUAGGAAAUCUCGGAAUGAGUCGCGAAAGUGUAUUGUACUUCAGCGGACGGGUGCCGCGUGAAGUUCUAACGCUUGGCGCUGCCCUUCAGAGCGUCGACAGAGCCACAUUCAGGGGAAUGGUCAAAGUUCUAGUGUCUGAGUUCGAGGGGAGAGACACCAGUGAUCUGCGGAAGGCUAUAUCUCGGCUGCGGCAGGGCGUUAAGGACAGGCAGGCCUUCGAUAAGGCAUUCUCUGGACUCCAUCGACUUAUUCGCUCAGUUAUCGCUCGAGAUCCAGUCGAACUGACUUCAGAGGAGCUCAUGAAGGAUCUCCAACAGCUGAAAAUAACGGAGGACUUCUCAUCGGAUAUAUGUAGCGCUCUAUAUGGCUCCCGCAGGGGGGAAAUGGAUAAAAAGAACGAGCCUCUCCGGUUUGAGGGUUUGGAAAAACUCGACUACAAAAUCGAUGUCACCGUGACAACGGACAAGAAGGGAGUGAAGAGAUGGACACCUUGUGUUCUUGUUUCUCUGAAAACGACGUCCGGCGAAGUAUUAAGUGGCGAGCUCCGAAUGGAGGAUUUCCAUAGAAUGCGUCACAGCGUCGCACAAGCAUUGAAACAGAUCGACAUCAUGGAAAAUCGAUUAGAAGGACGAUAG